GAAGCGUUGUUCAUUACUUUCUGCUAGUUAAACAUUUAAAACGUGAGAAUGUCGGAUAAUCAACCGCAAAAAGGCGAAUUCAGUGACAACCAAUCAAGUCCUAGUAGUGUUGAGGAUUUUGCAGGCAACACCAUGUCCCAAGAAGUUGCGCAAGACUUACACCAUCUAAUGUUUGAGGAUAAAAAGGCUUUGCUUACCGAAUAUGUACGGCAAACUAUUAAAAGCUACCGGCAGCAGAACAAUAUUUUCGGCUUAGAAAAAUCGUUGAAAAAAGCAAUGAUUGAAUUGGAGAUGGUUAAACAACAUCUGCAAAACGAACAACGAUGCCGAGCGGACGUGCAGGCUUUAACAAAAGAACGCCAAGAACUGUCACGUAAUUUAAACGCCAAACAGGAGAUAAUUGAUAGACUUGUGAAACAGGUAGAAACGGUCCGCGCACAAUUUAAAAAUGAGGUCCGAACUAAUCGACAGAAAAUAGAAGAUUUGAGCAAAGGCGUUUCGGUGAUGGGAGAGAAUGCAUCCAAGCAGGCGAAUGAAUUCCAGACACUUGCGGAACGCUGGAAUGCAUGUAAGAUGGAGCUCGAAAAAAGAAUCAAGCAUUUGACGGAAGAAAAGAGCGUACUAUAUGCCAGUCAAAUUGAAUUGGCGACAAAAAUUGAAACAUUGAUAAAGGAGCAGGAAAUGUCUACUAUGACACUAUCUGAGGAGCUAAAAAUAAAACAGCAGAAAAAUGAGCGCGGUAAGCAUGAGAUUUCCGAAAUUAACGAGACAAUCACAAAGCUGGAACAAGCGCAAGAUCAGGCAACCGAAGAAUUUAAGCAAACCAAGCUGAGUGGUGAACAACUUCUCAAUAAUUUCCGGGAAGAGUUGCAAGCCAAGCAGGCGGAAAAAAAGAAACUGCUUGAUGAGAAAGCACAAGCAUGCGAUGAAAUUCGUCAACUUCGUGAAAAUUUAACAGAAUUGAAAAAUAGGAAGCAUGCCGCACUAGAGAAUCUGAACAAAACUGAAGAAUUGAACUCGCACAAGGGAGAGGAAUUGAAAAAACUACUUGCAAUGGAGGAAAACCUCAAAGAGCAAAUAAAGUCAAAGUCAAAGUUUCCCAACAUAAUGAAGCCAGGAGCACAAACGAAAAUACCUGUACCUAAACCUACAUCAUUAAGUACAAACAAGAAUGCAACAAGAAUAAGCCAGGAAAGCGAUUCAAUGAGCAUUGUAUCAUUUCAUCAUGACAACCGAGUUAGAUACAUUGAGAGUUCCAACUCCAGAUUCGACACCACAACCGAAAUGGAUUAAUAUAUCCUGUUUUUUUCUUCCCCUUUUCAUUUCUCUUCAACUAAAAAAGAUAUCUGUUUUCGCUAGAAAACAUAUCUUUGUCAUUCCUACACCUAUUUGCUUAUGUUUCCAUACACGCACACUGAACAUGGAUUUAGAUUUUCAAUAAACAUGAACUAAAUUUCUAUAAACUAUUCUACCGGUUAUUCUACUAGCCUUCCUUACCUUUUUCCUAUUUUUGAAGGUUCUGUGCAUCUUUGGUUAAGUACUAAAGUGGAAGUGGCUAAUUACAUGUAUGUGG